AUGUCUUUCAUCAUGGAAUUCACUGUAAUAUUAAUUAUUAUUGAAACGAUUUUAUUUGGAUUGCUCUAUGGAAUAGCAGAAUAUAUUUUAAAUAAAUUACAUAUGUUUAAUAAGAUUAAAGGAAUUUCUGGUCCAAAAGCAUAUCCAAUUAUUAGAAAUGUUCAUUCAUUUAUUGAUGAUACAGCUGCUUUAUUCAACCAAAUAUUAAAUCUCGGUAAGAAUUAUCAAUUAUUGAGGCGUGUAUGGCUAGAAACGAAAUUAUUUGUAAUCGUAGACAAUCCCGAAUAUAUCAAAAAGUGGGGACAGAAUCAAAUUUUGGUGAAAUCUCCGAUCUUUCUAGACUGUUCUUAUCCAAUCAAAAGUGAAAUGCCAGAUGUAAGUGGUAAUCACGUGAGCAAAGUCAGAUUUAUGUUUUCUUUAAAUAUUCCUCGCUUUUCUAUUCCAUCCUCAGUUUCUGUAAGGACAGAAGUGUGUUGCUUAUAUAUAUUCCUAUUGACACAAUUCAUCAUGUAUUUCACCGUAAUAUUAAUUAUUAUUCUAACAAUUUUAUUUGGACUAUACUAUGGAAUAGCAGAAUACUUUUUAAAUAAAUUACAUAUGCUUAAUAUUAUCAAUGGCAUUCCUGGACCAAAAGCAUUUCCUAUAAUAGGAAAUGCUCAUCUGUUUAUUGGCGACACAACUGCUAUAUUUAAACAAAUAAUAUAUCUUGGUAAGAAUUAUCAAUUAUUGUGGCGUGUAUGGAUAGGCACGAAAUUAUUUUUAGUAAUAGAGAAUCCUGAAUAUAUCAAGACUGCACUCAAUAGUCCAAAUAUGAUUGAUAAGAGCGAGGAAUAUGAAAAAUUGAAACCUUUUUUGGGCAAUGGAUUGUUAACUGCUCCAGCAUCAGUAUGGGAUUCACAUCGAAAAGUUUUAAAUAAAAUGUUCCUUAUGAAAAAUAUAAAGUCACAUAUAGAUGUAUUUAUUAAUCAUUCUAUCGCAUUAAUGGAAAAAUUGGAAACUUUUGUUGGAGGAGAAUUAGACAUUUUUGAUUAUGUCUUUCGCUGUACUUUGGAUAUAAUAUAUGAUGUCACGCUGGAUACGCAACUAAAUUCGCUGACAAAUCCGGAUUGUAAAUUAGCUGAAUCAAUAAAAUGUUUGAUGGAUAUAUCAAUAGAAAGAAUCGUUAAAUUAUGGUUACAUCCGAACAUAAUUUUUUAUAACACUGCUAGUGGAAUGAAAUUUCAGGCGUGCGUGGCUUGUCUGGAUAACGUAACAAACAGGAUGAUGAAAGAGAAAAUGGAAUCUAUGUUAACAAGUAAAAUUAAUCGGGAAUUGACGACGGAAAAAUUAGGACAAAAACAGAAGACACUUUUCGAUUUUUUAUUCGAGCUUUCAAACGAAGGAGAAGUAUAUACGGAGAAAGAUAUUCGCGAUGAAAUGAAUACAAUAAUUAUAGCUGGAAGCGAAACUUCAGCCACAACCAUUAGCUUUGUCCUCUUAAUGCUUGCAACAUUCCCGGAAAUUCAAGACGAAGUAUAUGAGGAAGUUAAUCGAAUUUACUGCUCGGACGAUCCAAAAUAUGUUCCAAUGACAUAUAAUGAUAUUAAAAGUAUGAAACUUUUGGAUCGUGUGAUCAAGGAAACAUUACGUCUAUUUCCUACAGGUCCUAUCAUCUCCCGGAAAGUGACGCAAGAUAUAAAAGUUACUAAAAAUUGGACUAUACCGGAAGGAUGUUCAGCAGUAUUUCUCAUCUAUAAACUACAUAGAAGUGCGAAAUAUUGGCCACGGCCAUUAGUAUUUAAUCCCGAUAGGUUCCUACCGGAAAGGAAUUGUUCUACGUAUUACUUUCCAUUUAGUUACGGUCGAAGAAAUUGCAUAGGUCAACAUUUCGCUAUGAUAGAGAUGGCAACAGUAAUCGCUACGCUGAUAAAAAGAUUUAGAAUUACAAUAGACAAGCCAAUAGAAAUUGCAAAAAUAGAUUUAAAGAUGAGCCUCACAUUAAAACCAGCAAAACCAAUAAGAUUAAAAUUUGAAAAAAGAAAUUAAUUAAAACAUAGAAUAUACAUGAAUGAAUAUAUUAGGUCGACCGGAAAGUAAUGUUGCUUUCUUACAUUAAAUUCAAACGAAUGAAUUUUUAUCAUGUUUUUAUUUUUAAUCACAAACACAUAUUGACAUGCGCCGAAAUGAUAUUAUUUUCCGGUCCACCUACAUACAUAAUUAAUAUGUUUAUACAUAACGAAUUCUGGGAGUGAUAACAUACAAUCUGUAGUAGAAUCAAAUUAUUAUCUGUAUAAAA